UUGGUCUCCAGGGGGAGCCCGGGUGUGCUCGGCCCGUCCUGGGCGCGUCCCACCCGGAGAACUUUGCCCCGUUGGGAGCUUUGCUUUGUGCAUGCAAGGCGGGAAGAAAAGAGGCAUCAUCAAAUUCACCUGCAGCUUUUGUCCACGUUGGACCACAUUUCUCCUCCUCUCCCUGAUUUACGAGAACCGCAUUGGCGUCAGGUUCCCGUCCUCGUGCAACCUUCUUCCGGCGACAACAAUGCGCACUCAUCCCGGAGCCCCUCGCGGACUGUCGGCGUGCACCGCCGCCGGGUUGUAGCGCCCGCCCAGCCGGUUGACGUGCGGCGUAUGUCCGGCGGCCCACGGACCCCGAGAUGCCGGCCAGGAGGAACCGGUACAACCUGGUGGAUGACGUGGCGGACUCCAGGUUGCCGCUGCACAACGAGGAAGCUUACCAGCAUGGGAUCUCCUUCCAAGCCAAGUAUGUGGGGAGCCUGGACGUGCCGCGGCCCAACAGUCGCAUGGAGAUCGUGGCAGCCAUGAGGAGGAUAAGGUAUGAGUUCAAGGCUAAGAACAUAAAGAAGAAAAAGGUCAGCAUGGUCGUGUCUGUGGACGGCGUCAAAGUGCUGCUGAGGAAGAAGCCCAAGAGGAAAGAGUGGACGUGGGACGAGAACAAGAUGCUGAUCAUGCAGGACCCCAUUUACAGGAUUUUCUACGUGUCACAUGACUCCCAAGACUUGAAGAUCUUCAGCUACAUCGCCAGAGACGGCUCCAACAACUCCUUCCGGUGCAAUGUCUUCAAAUCUAAAAAGAAGACGCUGGCCAUGCGCAUCGUUAGGACGGUGGGCCAGGCCUUCGAGGUUUGCCACAAGCUGAGUCUGCAGCACGCCGAGCAGGACGCUGAUGGACAGAGUGACAAGUCCACGGAGGAGUCCAGUUCUCACGGCCAGACCCUGACUAAGGCUGAGCGAGGGGAGGAGGACGGUAAAGGAGAACAGGAUGAGGAGGAAGCAGCGGCCGACACUUCUCUGUGUGAGAAUACCCUUAGUGGAAUCCUCAAGAGUCUGGCGGAACUCAGCGUGGUCAAACCAGGACAGACCAUCACGGACCUCGAUGGAAGGUCGGUGUUUACGGUCACGUCCCAAGGCGUCACUCCCACCAGCCCUUGCUCCCCCUCACCGACGCCGUUGGCCUCCCAGCACUACCUGCAGCUCCUACAGCAUCAGCUGCAGCAGCAGCAGCAGCACACGCAGGUGGCCGUCGCGCAGGUGCAGCUGCUGAAGGAUCAGAUGGCGGCAGAGACGUCGGCUCGCAUGGAGGCGCAGGCCCGCGUACACCAGCUGCUCAUGCAGAACCGAGACCUGCUGCAGCACCUGGCCUUGCUGGUGCAGCAGCUCAAAAAACUGGAGGAAGGAGCCUCCGCUCAGACGGCACAGUCAGGACUGCCUUCUGUCAACGGACGCAUUGUUUCCACAUCAGCGAGAUCGCUGUCUCUCAGCCUGAAGAACCCCUGCAACCAGACGAUGGCGCAGCUCAUCACCUCCACGCCGGCAUGGCCGCCGCACGCCGCUGACACGGACGCCGUCGCCGGGGCCGAGUCCUUCCUGCUCAGCCUGGAGAGCAGUUGCAACCACCAAGAGGUCUCGGACCCCUUGGUCAGCACCAACGGAGCGGCUGAUGACCAGGAGGUCACUGGCGAGUCCAAGGAACUGGUCCCGUUCACGUUAAGAAGCUCAGCCAACGCGCAGGAAAAGUGUGAGCAGACCAUCCCCAAGCUGGACCCUCCUCCACCAUCUUUGAGCCGCAAGCGCACCAGCAGGACCUUGUCCCCGGGCUCAAAGGUGGUAUCUUUCCUGGCCGCCCCCCCGAGCCGCAGCAGCAGCCUGUCCUUCCCGGACAUCACCCCCGGCUCGCUGUCCUCGGCGGACUUCCAGUCUUACAGCUCCGGCUCGGCCAGCGAGGACUCGGGCGUGCGCUCCGAGACCAAAUCCUUGCUCUCGCCCUUGCAGGGCGACGACGAGGACGUGUUCGGGGAGCCCGGGGCGUUUCUGACGGCCUCCAGUUGCGACGAUAGUCCUCAGGAUGAGCCCGGGUCCUUAGGUUGGCGUUCACCCGUGCUCCCGUCCUCCUCGCCUCCCGUGAACCACACCUGUCUGCACAUCAGCUUCUCUGAGGACGAGUUGCUGGACACCUGCCAGGAGGACAAGUCCGUCCCACAGCGGAGUUAGGGGACGUCUCCUGGACAUCCACACCAGGAUCUAAGUCCAUGUACAAACCAAUAGAUUUAGUAUUUUUAUAACAACAAAAAAACCUUUUUAGUACGCAACUUGUAGCAGCCCUUGCACUUUCCUUCAUAGAAUCCACAGUUUUGUUUUGAGCUUUUGAAAUGAUGUUGGGAGGAGCCUCUUGACCUUCAAAGCACCUGAUUGGAGGAUGGACAGGAGGCGGAGUUUUGCUUCAAUACAAGCAUUUUACACUUGAGGGCCACAAAAUGACAAAUCAAAGUAUGCGGCGGCCGUUUUGUCAGUUUUCAACAGAGGUGGGUAGAGUAGCCAGAAAUUGUACUCAAGUAAGAGUACUGUUACUUUAGAGAUUUAUUACUCAAGUAAAAGUAAGAAGUAGUCACCCAAAUAUUUACUUGAGUAAAAGUAAAAAGUAUGUUGGGAAAAAACUACUCAAGUACUGAGUAACUGAUGAGUAACCUGUUCGUUUAAUGAUUACGGCAACAAAUAAUGCACAAAAACAUAAAAAUAGCAAUGAACAAAUUCAGAGCCAGGAAUAUCUCUUAAGCAACUAAAACAAUAUUAUAUAUUAAAUAAUAAUACAUUAAAAUAAAAUAAAAAUUAAGGCAAAUUGAGCCACAAUAACUUAACAGCAACAUAGGCUCAGUAGGCAUUCAUUGAUUGAAACUUGUAUUAGUAGAUUGCAGUACAGUACAUAUUCCGUACAAUUGACCACUAAAUGGUAACAGCCCAAUAAGUUUUUCAACGUUAAUCAAUUACUUAAUAAAUGACCAAGUCGAGGUGAUCUACCUCAUAUAUACAUAUACAUACACACAUAUCAUAUAUACAGUAUACAUACCUUUAUAUAUACAGGUUAUAAUUUAUAUUUAUUUAUUUUGCCGUUUUUGUUCACAUGUUAAAGGUGUUUUAAUGAAUAUACAUGCAUGUUUAACAUAUAGAUUACUUUAUUGAAGACAAAAAUAUAAGUUGGUGUAUUACUUGAUUCUGAUGACUUGCAUUGAUUGGAAUCAGACAGUAGUGCUGAUAACGUCCCGGUUUUCAAAUGGAGGAGAAAUAAAGUUCCUCCUUCCUGUCUAAUACAUCAUGAAAGUUGUUGGUUUUUGGCAUCUUAUUUGUCCAGCUUCCAUAUUCGUUUUUAUACACUUUACAAGAAAUACAUUGGCGGCAAACUCCAUAGCUUGCUAGCUUGUUUGCUCUGUCUUUCGGAGACUCUUAUUUUAUUAGCGCAGGCGCGAUGGAGCAGCACUUUUAUUGUGAAGACAGGAACUGUGCAAUCAGUCUUUAGGCUUAGGACGGGAAGUACGGUUGAAAUAAAUUGUCUUUUUUCCUUUACGCUUUUGAUUGAUUGGUUGAUAGAUUGAAACUUUUAUUAGUAGAUUGCACAGUACAGUACAUAUUCCGUACAGUUGACCACUAAAUGGUAACACCCCAAUAAUUUUUUCAAUAUGUUGGGUUCUACGUGUGACGGUCACGUGACCACCUGGCUCUGUUUGAUUGGUCAAACUUCACCAGUGACUGCAUGUGAUUGGUGAAACGCAAGCAUGCGUAUCCUACAUUGAAUGCGCGUCUGACAAAAUCAAAACAAACAAAGCGUGCAUGAACAGAUCGAUAAAAUAAAAGUAGCGGGUAGCGACCUGAUUGCAGAUAAAUGGAGCGGAGUAAAAGUAGCGUUUCUUCUCUAUAAAUAUACUCAAGUAAAAGUAAAAGUAUGUUGCAUAAAAACUACUCUUAGAAGUACAAUUUAUCCCAAAAGUUACUCAAGUAGAUGUAACGGGGUAAAUGUAGCGCGUUACUACCCACUUCUGGUUUUCAACCUCAAAAUUAGUACAAAAGAAAUUGCAUUUUCGGUGGAAAUUUUGUGUACAUGCUGAAUGAGCCGAAACCGAACUCAAAUGCUAACAGAUAACGUCAAGUAACAAGAAAUGUGAGCUAAAAAAGAUGACAGCACUACGCUAACAUGCCAACAAUAGCAUGAUUGCAGUUAGUUUUUGUGAAAUACUAAAAUACAUGACACUGAGGUGUAUAUGUGAUGAAUUAUUUCAAAAAGCUAGCGUGCUAAAGUUGGAAUGCUAAGAUGCUAACUGUAACAUAUAGCAUGGUAUCAAAAAUAUUACUGAAAAUGUGUUUAAAACGCAACCAUGCGUCAAAUACCAAAAUACAAAUUAGCUAAAAAAAGGAAAACAAAAAAGCUGACAAAAUAACGUUAGCAUGCUAACAGAUAUCUCUGGUCAAGUAACAAAAUAUUUGACGCCGAGGUGUAUACCUGCUAAAUUACCUAAAAAAAAGAAAGAAAGAAAGAUAGCUAGCAUAGUAACAUUAGCAUGCUAACAGAUAUCAUUCGUCCAAUAGCAAAGUAUUGGACACUGAGGUGUAUACCUGUAAAAUUUGCUAAAUGGGGGGGGGGGGCUAGCGUACUAACAUUAGCAUGUUUGUCAAGUAGCAAAAUAUUUGACGCUGAAGGGUAUACCUGGAAAGUUAGCUAAAAAAAAAGCUAGCAAGUUAACGUUAGCAUGAUAACAGGUAACUUUAGUCAAGUUAGCAUGCCAACAGGUAUCAUUCGUCAUUUAACAAAAUAUUUGGCGCGGAAGUAUAUACCUGCAAAGUUAGCUAAGAAAAAGAUAAGCUAAGAGGUAUCUUUCAUCAAGUAACAAAAUAUUUGACACUGAGGCAUGUACCUGCAAAAUUAGCUAAAUGAGUAGAAAAUCUAGUGUACUAACAUUAGAAUGCUAACACGUAUUCGCCAUGUAACAAAAUAUUGGACACUGAGGUGCAUAUCAGAAAAAAUUAGCUGAAUGAAAAAAAAAAUAGCUAGUCUACUAAUGAUACCAUGUUAACAGGUAUCUUUCAUCAAGUAACAAAAUAUUGGACGCUUAGGUGUAUACCUGCAAAAUUAGCUUAAAAAAAAAAAAAAAAAAAAGCUAGAAUACUAAUGUCAGCAUGUUAACAGGAAUUUUUCAUCAAGUACACAAUUAUUUGACCCUGAAGUGUUUACCUGCAAAAUUAGAUUAAAAGAAAAAAAGCUAGCAAAGUAACGUUCGCAUUUUAACAGCUAUCAUUUGUUACGUAACAAAAUAUUUGAUGCUAAGGCUUAUACCUGCAAAAUUAGCUAAACACAGGGAAAAGCUAGUAUAUUAACGUUAGCAUGCUAACAGGUAUUCGUAAUGUCACAAAAUAUUGGAUCUUAAGGUGCAUACUUGCAAAUUUAGCUCAAUAAAUAGAGGUAGCACACUAAUUUUAGCAUGUUAACAGGAAUUUUUCAUCAUUUUACAAAAUUUUUAACGCUGAUGUGUAUACCUGCCAAAUUAGCUAAAAAAAAAAAAACAGCAAAAUAACGUUAGCAUGCUAACAAAUGUUAUUGGUCAGGUAAGAAAAAAAUAUUGGACGCUGAGGUGUAUGUAUACCUGCAAAAUUAGCUGAAAGAAAAAAGCUAGCUUCCUAACGUUAGCAUGCUAACAGGUAUCAUUCGUGAAAUAACAAAAUAUUGGAUGCUAAGAUGUAUACCUGCAAAAUUUGCACAUAAAAAAGCUAAUAUAAAUAUAACGAUUGGGCCAUAGUUCGGAUACCCAUGCUGUACAUUUUCCGUACGUGGAUUAUUGCGAACAUUGUAAGCAGCGUGACACAUUUGCUGAAUACGUUUAAAACGUUGUUUACGCUUCAUAAACACGUCAAAGUGAGGAAGGGAAGAGGAGAUUGCGUUCAAGUUCAGGUCUUUGGCGAAGGCUUUUCUCAACAUCACUUUGUGAGUCAGAAGCAAAAGAGCAAUACAAAUGUGAAUGUUUUCAUUGUUUAUUUGCUGCAAAUAUGACAAAAGUAAUAAAUCAACAGAAGGCACAGUUUGUUUCUUCUUGACAGUUUGGUAGGAUCUUUUGCAGUGUUCCAAAACACCCUGUAAGAAAUGAACACAUUGGAAACUCCAAACUCAUUCCACUAUUUACAACAUUUUGACAAAGAGAAUUAAGCUUUUUUGUCAAAAUACUAAAAAAAGAGUAAAUAUUUUUAGAUGCAUUCAACAUAAUAACUUGAAGUGUACUAACAUGGUAUUUGAGGGGAAAAAAAUGUACAUGCUUGUCUUACUUUUUAUCACAUGACAAUACAAGAACAGUUGAAAUCAGUUGUACAAUUAAAGAAACAGCUUCGAAA